AUGCUCCAAGGCUUCCUGUCAUUUAUUCAGAGCGCAAUUUCGAGCACAAUUUCGAGCACGCUAACUCUGAUUUAUGCUCAGCCUGAGGUGAACAAGCUGAUCAGCAAGGAUGUCAAGUUGACCGGCAAGGAUGAUUUGACCAACAAGUACAAACAUCGGCAUGUUCAAGCGUUGCUUGCAUCAACCAAUACGAAGAAUGACCAUUGGAUGGCAGUCGAGUUUGCUGCCCUCAAUGCAUUACUUCCUUGCAACCCAAAAACAUCUAGGUGGUAUUGUCCACACCCCAUCCGGCCUGAUGCUGUUAGCGACAUUCUGUCAGAGUCAGCCCCAUUCGAAACUGUCUUGUUCGAUUCAUCUCCUGGUGGCAUUGCAGGGUCCUUUUGGGAUGGAUUGGUGCAGGCUGGGCAGGACCUCAGUUCUGAGGACACACUUGUGGUUGCUCUGAUAGGUGCUCAACCAUGGGGCUCAUCGUAUAAGCUCUCGCCAGAGGGGCAGGACAUCUUGUCUGCAGCGGACUUCAUAGCUGGGUUCGAGAAUUUCAAGUGCAAGAUUGUUUUCAUCAUUCCAUGCGGCGAUGCAGGACAUUGGAGGAGGCCCCGGUGGACAGUUCUCACAGUGGCUGAGUCGACUGGGGAGCCUCACGUAUUUACAGAUAUCUAUCGGACACUGCAUGGACAGCACCCAAUCUGUCCAGGCUCUUCAUCUGGCAGCCUUGACUCACCAAGGGGUGAGCUGUCUGUGGGACACAGCAUAGUGCCUAAUGUCAAGGGGACUCGUGAAGUCAUCGACAUCUUCGAGUGGUUCGAUGAUCUCAAAGAUGGUGAUCUGCCCUCUUGCACAUCUAUCCACCUGGAAAUUGCAUCUUAUCGCGAGUACGCGGCGAGGGGGGAAGGCGUCCAGGGGAUGUCUAACAGAUCUAGAGCGGGACCAAGCGCAGCUCAGUCUCGUGCGAUAGCAAACGAGUGA